GGUCCGAUCACUGCAAAACACCCCAGUAGCACUUUAUUAUCGACAGUGCCAUCAAAGCAGCCAACUUCACCGCAAAUGACAAACUGCUGAAUUAGCAUGUCAUUCCCAGCUAUAACAGGAUUCUGAUUGCGAUUUUUCCGCUUUUUGUACUACGAAUAAAUUUAAUUUACGGUCAUGGAGACGAUUCUGGGCAUACGAGGAGAUGAUUUUGCAAUUGUUGCUGCUGAUACAACUCAGGCCCGGUCUAUCGUUGUAAUGAAGGAAGAUGAAAAUAAAAUCCACAAAAUUUCUAACAGUGUUGUUUUCGCAACAAUGGGCGAAUCUGGUGAUACCGUUCAGUUUACCGAGUUCAUUUCAAAAAAUAUUGCCCUUUACAAAAUGCGUAACAACUAUGAGUUGUCCCCCAAGGAGGCUGCACACUUCACUCGGAAGAAUCUUGCCGACUACCUCCGUAGCAGAACUCCUUACCAAGUGAAUAUGAUGAUAGCGGGAUACGAUGAGCAAUCACAGCAAUCGGCAUUGUACUUCCUUGACUACUUAGCUAAUUCUAUUGAGGUAAAGUACAGCGGUCAAGGAUACGGUGCUAUGUUCUGCCAAAGUAUCUUUGACAGAGAAUACAAAGCUGGACUAAACAAAGAUGAAGCGUAUAAAAUUCUUGAGCACUGCGUUAAAGAAAUCCAAAAACGUCUGGUCAUAAAUCAAAAGAAUUUCAAAGUAGCCCUUGUGAACAAAGAUGGAGUCUCAUCAAUGCCCGACAUUAAAGCGGAAAUUGCAUGCAAUUAGCAUUACAUUAAUCAAGUUAAUUUUGUCUUAAUAUGAAAUUUCAAUAAAAAAUCUGGUACUGUGAA